AUGGCUGCAUUUGCAACCGCAGAAGCGUGUGACAGCAACGCAGAACUAAUAUCAAAUGGAGACCUACGCGCUCUCCACCCAAUCUUCAAGAUCUAUGGCCAAAGAAGAUGCUUCUCAGGACCAAUCGUGACACUCAAGGUCUUUGAAGACAAUGUCCUAGUCAGAAACCUCCUAGAGACAAAAGGCGAAGGCGGAGUCUUGGUUAUAGACGGUGGUGGAAGCAUGAGAUGCGCGCUUGUUGGAGGAAACCUCGGACAGUUAGCUCAGAACAACGGUUGGGCGGGAAUUGUUGUGAAUGGAUGUGUUAGAGAUGUGGAUGAGAUCAAUGACUGUGAUGUUGGGGUUAGAGCAUUGGGAUCUAACCCAUUGAAGUCUAGUAAGAAAGGUCAUGGUGAGAAGAAUGUGCCUGUUUAUAUUGGAGGUACUUUGAUUAGAGAUGGAGAGUGGCUUUAUGCUGAUAGUGAUGGUGUCUUGAUCUCCAAGACCGAACUCUCCGUUUGA